UUUUUUUUUUUUUCUUUUUACAAAGUGUUACCUAUCAUGAGAACUAUAACAAAACUAUCAGAGCGAUAUUCAUAAAACGAGUGGGAAAACAGUAUAAAUGCAAGUCACCAACGCAAUAGCUUGUACUAAUUUUCCGUCUACAAACCAAACAUUAAAUAACUUUUUUUUUUCCUUUUUCUCUUCUUUUUUCUUUCUUUACCCCAAGUCGAGAAAGUAUAAUGGAUUAUCACCAAUACCCACCUGAUAUGAACAACAUGAUGGCGAGACAAAACGACCGUUCUUCGCCUUCAUUUAAUACAGUAGUAAAUCAAUACAUGUUUAAUGAAAGAUCCCCUUCUAUCAUGUUUGAUAGCAAUGCAAUUCAUUCUCCACCUAUCCUCAGUGAAGAAGGAAACAAUUCAAUGAUGAUGAUGAGUACUCAUCCUGUUCCUCCUGUUGUUCCUGUAUCUCAAAAUUUUCAAGGACCAUGGAACCAUCCUAUGCUAAAUGUGAAUGAUUAUGCUGGUUCUAGUCGGCGACAACAUCAGUCUACUCCUUCAGAACGUGGUAUUGCCGGUUUUGUGUCAAAACUUUAUCAAUGUCUUCAAUCGCCUGAAAAUAAUCAAAACUACGCAAGGUGGUGUCAACAUGAUGGUAAAGACAUGUUUGUUAUCGACUGUAUACCAGAAUUUACUGAAAUAGUACUACCUCGUCUCUUUAAACAUUGCAAAUUCGCUUCGUUCGUACGCCAACUCAAUGUAAAUUUUUUUUUGUUUUUUUUUACGUGGCACUGAUGUACCUUUUUUAGAUUUAUGGUUUUCAAAGAGAUACGGAUGCAAGGAAAUCCAAAGAUACCAAAGACAAGGAAUCCUGUCGAUGGCAUCACCCUUGCUUCAAGCCUAAUCGCCGCGAUUUGU